UAAUCGACACAGACACUAAUCCAACUCCUCCACAAAGCCCUUCUGCUGAGAGACAGAGAAAGAGAGAGAGAGAGAGAGGGAGAGAGCAACAGAGGGGAGGGGCUGAGAGAGAGAGGGAUGAAUGGAAAAAAGAGUGUCAGAGGUUGUUGGCUUGAGGAAGUGCAGAGCGGUUUUCUUGUUCGUGACAUUAUUCUAGAAAUACUGUGGAUGCAUUAAUUGCUGUCCUCAUCUCCAGCCGCUGAUCCUCCUGCUGACCCCCCCUGCGGCACUCGUUGAGCCUCAUCCAGCCCGUUCCAGCCUACCAAGCCCCCGCUGCUGGCCCGGGCAGCACCCUGGAGAGCCAUAGCCCCUCGCUGGGGCCUAUAGAGGGGGAGAGCUGUGAGAGCUGCCCCCCUCUGGCCCCAAUCAUCAUACCCUGCAUGGAGCACUGCAACAGUCCAGGGGACGCAUGCUGCAUCUCCACGGAUGGAUGUGUGGAGGACCUGAGGGCCCAGGAUUCAGCCAUGUAUGAAAUUCCGCUGCAGAGGAAGGAGGACAGGCUGCCCUUUCAGAUCUUUCCAGACCCUGUGGAGGCUGCGCUGAGUCCAGACAGCUCUCUGACCUGUGUGGAGCAGGGGAAGGAGCGGCUGCCCUCCAUCGUGGUGGAACCCACAGACGUGAGUGAGGUGGAGAGCGGUGAGCUGCGCUGGCCACCGGAGCAGGAUGACUAUGAGGAGGACGAGGACCUGUUCCUGGAGCAGUGUAUUCCGCCCGCCAACAUUGCAGACUGGGGGGAGGAGGAGGAGGAGGAGGAGGAGGAGGAGGAGUCCUCCGUCAUCAUCAGCCAGCAGCAGGGAACCUCACUGUUAGACCUUCAGUCUGAUGACUUUAUAGAUGAAACUCCCACUCUGCCUCCUGAGAGUGCUCCUCAACUCUCCCUCAACUGAUCCUCUUUGGCUCCAACCAUGAUGAAACCUGGGAAAUCCAUUAGUGGCAUCCCCAGUGGCAUCAGAGAGACCCUGUUGGUCCAGACAGUUAAAGGACACUCAGAUGCUGGACUUGGCAACGUUUGACCCUAUGCAACGAAUAGUGAUGUCUUCAGUGUUUGAGAAAGAAGACUGAAGAUGUCAGGCCAGUGCAGCUAAGAUAUGCUAGAUCCUAGUACAGGGAUUCAUGCCUCGCAAUAACUCCAUUCAGCCUGGCAGUGGAGAGGAUUUCUACAAUCAACUCUGAUUAACCCAGAAAACCACCUUAGAUGUCGCAGACUCAGAAUGACUGGUGUAGACAUAGCAUAGGCGUUAGAUUGUAUCCUGAUUAAGACCCCUUGUUAGAAAAGACAAUGUUAUUCCCAUUUUUAAUGAUUUUUUAACUUUCCUCACAUGAUCACUGUAUUUGUUUUCUAUGCAAAUAUUAUGUAGAGAUCACAGACCAAAACUGACAAAUUUAGGUUAGUUUUCCUCCGCAUAUCAUGGAAAACACGGAAGAUGUUCCUUGCUUACUUGAAAUAAAAGAGUAGUGUGGAAA